AAAGACAACGCUUUUGAAACGACAUGUGGCAGGUUUGCAACACGGCAAAUGAAUGCGAAUUCAGUUCUGUUUCGACCAUCGUGUGCUAAGGAUGUUUUAACGGGAAAAUUUCGAAUAUUAUUAAAAAAACCAGCAAAGUGUGGUAAACAUUUGAAGCAGCUUCAAGCUUGUGACGUGUUUGAAGCAAAUAAAAUAAAAAUACAAUAAUAAAAUGAAAACAAUAAAUAUGAGAUAUAAAAAAAAAACUAAAGAAGCAGUGAAAAUCCUCUCUUUAUUAUAGAGUGAUAAACUAAAGUCGUAAUAUAAAGACUUAUAAAGCCCAAUAAACAAAAUGAAAUAAACUACUUGCGCGUGUAGUUCGUAAUUCCCCUGGGAGGUACACACCUUCCGUAUUUAAUUCUAUUAGCACUUCGCAAUUGAAUAUUUGCAUAAAAGCCUUUUUAUGAACGCGACGCACCGGAAGUGUGCAAGCAAUAAGUAAAAGUGCAAAAUAAAAAUAAAGUAAAAACAAAAACAAAAUGCACAAACAAAAUAAAACUUUAAAACCGGCGCAAAUAAAGUGUUUUCGGGGACGCACACGCUCGUAAAAAAAUCAACUACAUUAAAAAUACAAAUCAAAAAGUUUUAAGGCAAAAACAAAAACAAUCCACCAUUGGAAGUGUGUGCGCAAAAACGAGAAGGCGAAUAUAUAAGAAAAGAAAAAUAAUAGCAAGCACACAACGACAACCAGUCAGCAUUGGGGAGUCACACUUUGGCGCCGCUGCCGCCCACAAGGCGUGUUAAUCCUUCGACAGCGACAGAAAAGCUGAGUUAAGUGACAGAAAGCAGCGGCUUUUAAUGGCACGUAAAUAAUGAAAAAGACUUACAUAUAUCUAUUUAUCCAAAAGUAAAGCGAUGAAAGAAUAAAAUGUGCUAAGCUGAAAGAAGUAAAAUAAAAAUUACAAAAACAAAAGCAUAUUAAAUACAAUAAAACAUUUUAAUUUCUCGGAAAAAAAAUUAUAAAUGAUAAAAGUCACAACAGUAUAAGCACAAAACAUUAAUAAACGGUACGGCAGCGGAUUUUCAUUUUGCGCGCGCUUAUUUUGUACGGCGGCCAACAAUUAAAAAUGGCUUAACACCACAGACGCCACGCCACUUGCACGUGUGUGUGCGUGUUGAUGUUUAUCGAAUUUUCAUGUUCGGUAAGCGCGACCCGCUUAUUUUUGCUGUUGUUGUAAUUAUCGAAUAGUUUGUGACAUUUCGGAAAAGUUGUGAAUUGCAGAAGCAAAGCGUUGGAAAAGCAAGAAAAGUAAAAACAAAAAAUUAAAAACAAAAAUACAAAUUUACAAAAACAAAAACAAUUGUGAAUGAAAAUGUGAAUAGCAAGCAGUGAGGAAAGUGUGAAAAUAAAAAAUAACUUUACAAAUGUUGCUCCGCUGUAAUCAGUGUCAAAGUUUUUAGUUUCACAACAAAGCGAGCAGCUGGAAAAUAGAUAUCUCUUCACUGACGGAAGAUAAAACAAGCGCUGAGUGUUCAGUCGACUAUUCCCAUGCAAACUUCAUCACGAGGACACCGACUAACGGAAAAACUACAACGAAAAUGCUGAUAUUGCUGCCGCUGUUGGGUGUGUUGUUUAACGGUCUCACAACAGCGCAUGUUGAGGCGAAUUUAAGCUUGGAAUUUAGGGCUACAAAGCUUUUGAGGCAACAUAAUCCUGCUAACUGUACAGUUGGCAAUACAACAUAUGCACAUGGACAGACAUUUAAAUUGGAUUGUAAAACACAAUGUGUCUGUGAGAAUGGACGUCAUGCCUGCUCGUCGCUCUGCCCGAAGGAGCAAUUGCCAGCGCCGGAGGACACGAUGUCCUGCAGAUCGCCUCGUCUGGUGGAAGUGCCGGGACACUGCUGCAAAAUGUGGUUGUGUGAGAAUCCCACAGCUGAUGUAUACGCCACCUGCCACAAUGCCUCGACCAGCCCGUGGACGCCGUGCUCGCAGCCCUGUGGCCUUGGCAUUUCGACGCGCUUCGCCAGCACGAACGCUGGCUGCCGGCAAUUGAGCAGCUUGCGAUUGUGUGAAAAUCGCAAAUGUGAUCAGAACAAUAACAGCAACAAUAAUAAAAACUAUUUACUACCGCCUCAAGAGGCGCAGCAGUUGAUGCAAAAAGCCACAGUACAACAGCAACAACAACGACAGCAGCCGCAAAAGCAUCCGCACGCAGAGCAUCAACGACAACAGCAACAGCAACAAAAACAAUUAAUUAGCCAUAAUGUGGCAAACAAUUUAGUUGUAAGUGAGCCUAAGGAUAUUAAGGAUAUAACAGAUUACCAUGCCACAUUGUUCGGGGCGCAUGUGGAGCAUCGAAUACGCAAAGGACACGAGUGCCGCAGCUUACAACGCCUCGGACCGGCGCGCAUACGUUUGGGCGCUUGCAUUUCACGAAAGCUUUAUCGACCGAAACUUUGCGGACUUUGUCAUCAGCAUUCGGGCAAAUGCUGCCAGCCAUCAGUCUCAACAACUAUACAGGUCGAACUGCUAUGUCCACUAAACACAGAGGAUCCCAUCAGCAUUGCCGAACAACAACAGCCGCCGGAAGGACAAGCGCCACUGCAGCUCUGGGACACUGUGUCGCUGGAGCCAAUCGAUCAGGAAUUCCUGCAAUCACAUCAAAUACAAAUCGAAAAUAAAUUUAUUGCAGUUGAAUGGAUUUUAAAGUGCGAGUGCGGCAAAUAUGAAAAUUGCAACAACCUGCACAAAUACACGACAACAAUGCACAAUGGCACCGGCAACAAUAGCACCAGCAAUAACCACAAAAGCGCACAGCAAGGUAGCAGCAACAACAAGAAUAGCAACAGCAGUAGAAAUACCGUUAAUAGUUGGCGCGCAAGUGCCACUCUUAGUGACCGCAAACAUAAUAAAAAUGUGGCGACAAAUAUUAUCAGUGAAGCGGCACGCAAUAACAAUGACUAUGCGUACAGCAGUAACAACAAUAACGGCAAUAACAAGAGCAACAACAAGAAUAACAAUGCCAACAUAAGUGGCGGUGGCAAUAACAUGGGAAACAUGGCAAACAGCAACGAGCAAAACAUUGCGACGGACAAUGACAGUGAUAAUCGCUAUGUGCAACAACAAAAGCAACAACAGGAAGAGGAAGAAACCUCACAGCAAGGGCAUUUAGUGUCGUCGUCGGGUGAACUGCAACCAGACAUUAUACCGUAUCCGGCCAUGUUGCCGCCACACCGCAGCAAUCCAGUGGAAAAAAGCUACCAAAGAAACCAGGCGAACAACAACAACAACAGCAACGAGAUUCACAGCAACUAUGCAGAAGGUCGGGGUGGGGAGGGCAGCAAUAUGCACACAUUUGACAGCAAGCGUGCGAACAGUGAACUCAACAGCAACAACAACAAUGACAAUAUACGGCGUACGGAAAGUGUUGCUGAACCGAAUAAAAGUAAAGCUGUUGCUGGUUUUGGUUUUUAUAACCGUUAUGACGAUGCAGGCGACGAUAAUAGUGCCGUUAAACAGAUUCAGAGCGUUGAAAAACCGAACGAGCGCGAAGUAGGACAACAGAACACACUUGAGGAGGAACAACAAAAAGAGGAUCAGCAACUGCUGCAGUGGAAGUUUGAGAAAAAUUUGCAUUAUCAGCAGCCGCGGCAGUCUGCAUUGCCAACAGAGCCAGACGCACAUUGGUCACCACAUUACACACAUCGUCACCAUCAGCUGAACCAUCUCCAGCAUCAUCACCAUCACCAUCAACAUCAACACCAACAUCAUCUAUACCAUCAGCAACCUGAUCAACAGCAUGAGACGCAUCCACAGCCGCAGUUGCAACACCGUCUUUGGCUUGAACAGUUGGGGGAACAACAGCAACAGCAACAACAACAACCGGAGCUGCACGCGCUACGCCAACGCAGCACAUAACAACGUAGACGAGCACCACAAAUGCAUCGUCAACGGUGGCCGCCACGCAAAGGACGAGGCAAAAGGAAAAAGACCAACCAUGGAGUGGAACGACGCAGCCACAGCGGGACUAUAACGGCGAGGGACGCGGCUGGUGGUGUGUUUGCAAUAGGCACACAAGUGGGCAUUUCAUAAAUAAAUUGCGGCGACAAACUGAUAAGCCGGUGCAAAAGCAACAAAAUUAUGCGACGCGUUGCAAGCCAAACGUGGAAGAGACUCUCUAAAGCAAAUGAAUGAAAAAACAACAACAGAUAAGCAAUGAAAUAUGUGAGCGUGUGUGUGCAUGUAAUGGGAAUAAAAAUCGACGAAAUGGUGAAGGGACAACAAAAGCACCAACAAACACCACCCGACAACCGUGCGACGCACCAACGUGUAGUGUUUGUGCAGUGCAUUGACAGGAUAAAGCGAGCAACGAAGCGAGCAACCGACAGACAGACAGACUGUGAUACAGCGACGCACCGGCGGAUGAACACUCAAAGCGACCGGCAACAACAGUUGCAAUUUUUGCAUAUCACAAAGCAAAUAAAUUUUUAAUUUCCCACGCCUCACAAAAAAAUGUCAUGCAAUGUUUUUCAGACAAAGUAUAAACACUGUAGCAGCAAUAAUAACAAACAACUUUGCAAAAGAAAGAGAAGUAAAAAGAAAACCAACAAGUUAUCGUGUAAAAGUUGUCGCUACAACGAACAGACAACAUAACCGAACACCAAAACAAAUAAAUUGACGAAAUUACUGAAAAAAGAGACAGAAGUAAGCCGUGUGCUCAGUGUUAGGUUUACAUCUGUUUGCUGUCACCACUUUUUCUGUUUUAAAUUUUCAGUGUUUUUUAAAGUUCGUGUUGUGAUAAACACGGAUGUAUAUGAGGAGCCUACACACCAUAGUGAUAGACUGUCAUCAAAAUAUCUGAAAGUCAAAAGUCCACAGCGCCAUUCUGGUAAUGCUAUUAAUUUUAUGAACCCGGGUAUAAAUAUGGCAUUUAACGAAAUAAAAAAUAUAAACUAGGAUCUAGCUAUGCAAUCCCGCCAGCGUCGAAUAUUAUUAGUAUAUCCAAAAUGCGUGAUAGUUUACAUUGCUUAAUAGAAAUAUGAAUUUGUAAAACAAAUAUCCCAAACAUUAGUGACCAACUUUUCUUUUCAUUUCCAUUUUUUUUCUACCCAGUAUGUAACUUAAUUCCUUAUAAAGUUUUAGACAAGAUUCUAGUUCAACUAAGAAACAUAUCCUGCACCAAAAGCAGAUACCCACAUAUCUUGAUUGCUAACUACGAGUUUUUUUUUUAUACAUAUUAGAUUUAUGGCAUAUAAGAUGUCUUUAGACCUCCUUAAAGAUCUAUUUUCCCUUUAACAUAUCAGUAAUAUUAGAUAAGUAUUUGAACAUUUCAUAGUGCAAUGGAUUAAGGGCACUUAAUCUGCAUAUAUAUACAUACAAUUUCAUCCGCGUUAUAUAUGGCGAGGUCUUUAGAGAGGGAGAAAGAGAAAGAGAAAGAGAGCGAGAGGGAGAGAAAGAAAGAUAUGGAGGGGGAUUUGAGCGAAACUUGAAACAAAAUAUUUUAGGUCUCUAUAAAGGAUGGCUUUCAACACGGAUAAAGCAGGUUUUUAUUAUGAUAAGCACUGAUCACAAGCCGAUCAAUGAAAUGUUGACUGUCUUUAUUAUCUCGCCUAAUAGAUGUAUUCAGGCAUUUACAUCUAUAAAUUCCGUUCAAUUGUUUUUUCAAAGAUUCACAACCAUUAAAUUUAUAUAUAUAUAUUUCUUCGAUUCGCCGAGCAUUAGAGAGUAGCUCACUAAUAUUGUUGUCGCUUUCAUAUGUAAAUUUGAAAGAGAGAGAGAGAGAGCGGCGCCCAAAUAUACCAUAGCGAGCAGAGAAAUGACAAAUCGAAUACGCUAAUAAUAAAGAUUAUGUGAAAAAACCAUAUCGAGUAUGUGAGCUCUCGCAGCAUGCGACAGAGAGUACUCAUACAGUUUGUCUCAUGAGUUAAGCGAAAAAGGAAGAAAUAAUUAAUUGUUGGAUCUGAAUAUUAGGAAUGAAAGUAGAAAUCGCUUGGAUGAAUAUAAAAAUAAGCUACUAUACUACAAAUACACAAAAUAACUGUAUUUAGUUACACAUGUGUGUAUGUGAUAACUCGAAAAUAUAAGUACUAUGCGAAAAUGUAUAAAUAUUAGUUGAAUAAAAAGAGAAAAAUUAAAAAAAUUAAUUUUAAGUGCAAAAACAACUAAAAUAACUUAAAUAUAAAUAAACUCAAAAAUAAUAAUAAAAUGCACAAAACAGCUAAAAAUGAAAGUAAAUAUUUUUGCGAGCAAGCCUAUACAUAAACAAUUGAAACACUAACCACAUUAAGCUAAAUAAUUAAAGAAAACUAAGUUAAACAAAUAAAACUAAAAGCAGCAAAUUUAAAAUAACGCCAAAAUUCAAGAAAACAAAAACAAAAUUAGGUAGUUGCAAGUUAAGAAAUAAAUUUAAGCUAACUGUAAAAAAGUUUAGACAUAAGAAAUAAUAUUGAAAACUUAAAUUAAAUUAAAUUCAGUAAACACACAUCAAUUAGAAAAGAAAAAAAAAACAAGUUGAAUUUUCUCUUACAACCAGCCGAGAGUUGUUGGCCUGCAAUUCGAGCGUAAACUGAUCUAAAUUGUCUAAACGAAAAUUGUAAAUGCAUUAUAAGAGCAACAUCAAUUGCUAUUGGAUAUGAACUGUAUAAACGUUAAUUAUAUAUUUGUAUGUAUGUAUGUAUAAGCAUUAUAUGUAUUUAUGUAUAUUGUGUAUGUACUGGCAAUGUGUUCGACGUAUAUACUUACAUACAUAUACCUACAGCUAAACUUGUGAAGCUACUGCUGGUGGUCAAACAGAAAUUAAGUGAAAUUUUUCAAAACCGUGAAACCAAACAGAAAGAGAGGGAGAUAGCGAAUAGGCAACACAAACAAAUUUUGAAUUUGAAACAAAAAACAGAGUACUAAUGAGUGUAUUUUUUGUGGUUGCCCACUAAGCUACUUAUACCGAAAGAAUGAAAUCUAAACUACUACAUAUCUACAUAUACAUAUUCUAUAUCUGUGUAUCUAUGUGUACUAAUAAGAUGCCUGGCAUUCGCAAAACGAUUAGCAAAUGCAUACUUGUAAGCAUUCAUUAUUAGUUUUUCGGUUUCGAAACUCAGAAUUUUUCUCUCAGUGCAGCGCCUUAGUUCGCUCAUCAACUUUAUUGAUGAAGCGUUUUUUGUGUAGCACACAUAUUACCAUUUCCUUUUCACCGUUAUUUACUUAGUCUUUAUUUCCGAUGUGAUGAAAAAUAUUAUUCAGUUCAAUAAAAGGCGAAUGUAAGAAUAUUUUAAACAAAAUA